AUGAAGACCUGUUUCGGACCUGUAUCUAUAGACAUGAUAAUUAGCAGCGACCGGCCCGGAGUAGUCUCGCGGCUCGACCACUGGAAGCAAGGCGGGGUUGGGAACAUUUUCAUUCCUCGUCAAGGCACUUCGACCACCUCCGCCAUCGUCAUGAAGUAUCGGCAGGAACGUCAACACGAUCCUCGUGAAACCCACGACUGCUCAAAUAUCGUGACAAUCUCGGAACCUAUUGAUAUCACGUCUCUAAUGGAAGCUUCAUCAGAUGUUGCCCCUUUUAGAGGUGAGCCGAAGGGAUCCAGAGGCGCGGGCAAGCCGAGAUGCGGUGUGUGUCUGUUCCUGCUUAGCCCAGGCGCACAUCCGUCGAAUAUCGAUGCAGAUAAGGACAUCACACAGACUGUAGGGACAUAUCUCAAGUUCACGCGUAAGGAGUUCGUGGCAUCCGCCGACCGCGGUUGCACGUCCUGCAGAAACAUACUCAAAUUUGCCCUUCAUCGCGGGGCUAUUCAAUUAGAAUCUGACCAAGGUCCUUUUUGGCGAGGAAUCUCUAUCAGCGACUCUCGUAUGACACACGGAUACUUCAUUUUCUUGACGCAGCAUACCAUACCAAUGACAGACUCGUAUCAAGGAUAUCCUUUGAUUUGCAGGGGAAACGCGACCGCCAACCUGGAAGGGACGGCUGAAAAUCGAGUGCUUGAUCGCGCGAGACGUUGGUGGGAAAUGUGCAAUAGCGAACACAACUGCAGGAGAAGACCCUGCUCAUACAUCCCGCGUCGACUUCUUCGCAUUGAGCACAACUCCGACGAGACAGCCUCAGUCGUCUGGCUGGUGGAAGACCUGACGGAACCAGUGGAAUACAUCGCACUGAGCCACCGUUGGAGCGAAGAGACUAAAGCCAUCUCACUUCUCAACUCAAAUCGGUGUCAAAGAAUUGAGGAAGGACUACCCUGCUCCCACUUGCCGCACCUUAGUGAGUUCAAUACAUUUCCUGAACUGCACAUUGUAGGGCGACUUGCACUGACUUCAGCACAUCUCAAAGUACAGGACACAGUACACGUCCUGCGUCAAUUCCAGCUCGACUAUCUAUGGGUGGACUGCAUGUGCAUCAUCCAAGGUGACAGUGCCGACUGGAAACACGAAGCAUCCUCUGUGGCAUCGAUUUACAAGAAUGCCACUUUCACCAUCUCCGCGACCCAUUGCCGUGGGAGCAGCGAGAGUCUUUUCAGUGACCCAAACAAAUUCAUCACAGGUGAAUAUAUAGCAGACUUGCCAGGAGGUAUUUCUGUGCACCUCGAGGAAUACAUGCCUCACCCCUUCGCGUACCAUGGUAUUCGGCCAGAAGGACAACACUCGACUGAGCUGAUGGACUCAGGCGAGUCCUCGACUAUGAGUCUUUUGUCCCGAGGCUGGGUCUAUCAGGAAUUAUUACUCUCCCCCCGGACUCUUUACUUUCUGGAGCACGAGAUUAUGUGGCGCUGUCGUGAACAUGCUGUGUGUCAAUGCGCACGAUAUGAUCUCGACGACAUUACUACAUACAACAAUAAUGUGACAGCGGUCACAGACAGCACGGGAACAGAAUAUUAUUCCCGGCGAAAUUGUCAACCGAUUUCCUCUCGUGCGUGGACCGAUAUUGUUGAAAGUUAUUCCUCGCGAAGCUUGACCUAUGCACAAGAUAAGCUGGCUGCAUUAGCGGGCAUCGCAGAGGAAUACGGCAAGGAUACAGGUUGGACAUACCUAUGCGGUCUUUGGCAGGAGAUUGUCCUAAAAUGCUUAUGCUGGUACCGCAAAUCAUCCAUUCCCGCACCGCGACCAGACGCCAGCUUUCCAACGUGGUCAUGGGCCUCCACUGCAACUAGUGUGGGCUUUCCUAGCAAAUCGGUUCAAGAGAUCCAAUUCGAAAGCUGCCACAUCACCUAUAAAAAUGAGGGAAGCCCGUACGUGGGCGACAUCGAAGUGGCUGUUCUCAAUAUCAGGGGAGAUGCUUUCCCUGCCAAUUUGACGCCAUGCAGUGACCACGACCAACUCAAAAAUCCCUCUUUAUCUGGAUUUUAUCAAAGAUACGAUGUUUCAGUAAUGUCCAGCUUUACCUUCGUUCUCACCGAGGAUUGUGUCAUCCCCGAAUUAUUUAUAUCACGACUGGGUACAACAUGGCUCCCCGAAGACAAUCUGCAUCCUGAUUGGAGGACGCAUUGGAACGUGUCGACGAAACAGUUGGCGUUGGUUUGA